AUGACCACGAUUGCCAGUCUGCGGCGCAUGUCCGCCAAGUCUCUCUCCGAGAAGAUCCUGGCCGAGAAGGACGCUGCCAACACCUCUUUUGCCAUCAUUGACGUACGAGAUGACGACCACAUAGGCGGCCACAUCAGAGGUUCCACCAACAUUCCCAUCGGCCAGCUCGACGCCAUGAUGCCCACCCUCGUACGCAGGCUGCAGGACAAGAAGACGGUCGUUUUCCACUGCGCACUCAGUCAGCAGCGUGGCCCGAGUGCCGCCCUCAAGUAUCUGCGCGAAAAGGACGGGCUGCUGAGGAGUCUUGGGAGUAGGGAGAUCGCUGCAGAGCAGGAGGUGUAUGUGCUGGACCGGGGGUUCGUCGGCUGGCAGCAGGUCUAUGGAGAUGACGAGCGGCUGACGGAAGGGUAUGUGAAGGAUAUUUGGGAGAAUUACUGA